AAUCUUGCGGUUAUCAGGAGAUAAGGCGCACCUCGCGCGUCAAUCCAGUUGAUUAAUUUUGAUUUGGUUGAAGGCAAAAUGGAGAGGGUGCAGGUUCUUUUUGAGAAUGGCCAGAACACUUUUUACUGCGGUCAAUAUGUUAACGGUCACGUCAGUCUUCAACUUGACGUUCCGACCAGGUUGAGAGCCAUUACUCUUCGUGUUUCCGGCACUGCUGAAUGCAAAUGGGAGGAAUGGAUACACAAGCGGAGUCCUCAAAAGCAGCUCAGGAGGGCCAGCCUCCAGCAGAACCAACACCCUCCCCACGAGAUGAAGGUGUUCAAGAGCAAUGAACUCUACUUCGAGUAUAAAAUCGCCCUUCUCCCUGCAUCUCCCAAUGACCCUCUUUUAGAGGCCGGCGAGCACAAGUAUCCAUUUCACUUCAACCUACCUCACAAUAUUCCUUCGUCCUUUGAAGGACACUUUGGCUAUGUCCGUUAUAUGGCUUGCUGCAAGGUGGACAAGCCGUGUGCCAGGGACCACGAAUCUAAAACUCUGUUCACCAUCAUCUGCCCCCUCGAUCUGAAUCGAUUUCCCCAUUUAUCUAUCCAAGCGGAUGCAAGUGACGUUAAAAAAUUUUGGGGCCUCUUUCGACGCUCGAAACCCACCACUGUAAUUUUGCGUCUUCCGGAGAGUGGUAUUGUUCCCGGCCAACUAAUUAAUCCUAAUAUCGACAUAGAAAACAAUAGCGACGUUCGCAUUAAUCAAGUGAAGCUAUCACUUGUCAUGAACUCUGUCUUCACUGCAAUGGGUGUGAAAAAAAUGGACAAGAAAGUCAUUCUCGAAAGUCACCUUGGGGCUGUUGAGCCAAAACAGUCAAGGACUUGGUUCAGAGGUAUUUUUAUACAAGUCCCUGCAGUUCCACCUUCAGGAUUGUCUAACUGCACUCUCAUUGAUGUCAGCUAUAAACUCAAACUUGUAGCAGAGCCUGAGCGGCCGCACCUCAAUAUCAAUGUGUCCCUUCCGCUGACGGUGGGCACCAUUCCCUUCCAGUCGCACUUUGGUUCCUUCAACGCAGCUAAUAAUGGUAUAAUACCCCCUGUUGGCUGGAACAACCCUGAGCCCAGCGCCCCAUCUGACUCGAUGCCCGAACCCCCCGAAAGCACUGAUGCAUCGUACUACAGUUCUAUGCCACCGCCAAGUUACGAGGAAUCGGUUGCUUCAGGAGAGUACUUAGAAAUUCAUGCGUCACAAGCUUUUUCUCCAAGAUAUCCGGUUUACUCGUCACUUCCUCUGCCACCCGAAUUCAUCCAAGAUAACAUUCCUGUCACAAUCAAGGAGUGAUUUUCUUCUAUUUUUUAAAACACGUCACAGGGAUUUAACUGAAAAUAUUCCAAUUAGAUCCAAUAUCUAUAUAUCAAUUAUUAAUGUUUAAUUUCUUUUGAAACUGCGCAAAUCAAUAAUAUUUUUAUAAAAUUUGUAACAAUAAUUUUUUAAUGAUUUACACACCCUAUCCAAAUAAUUUUAUAAUAUUUUUAAGAUUAUUUUUAUUCCAA